AUGGCCUUGUCGCACGAAUCAGGGCCAUUUAUAUGGCACAAUCGGAGGAUACACAGGACUUUCAUUUUAGCGAUUUGUAUAUUAAGUUUGCUAACGUUGGUCGUUUACCAACAACACGACUGGUCGUCGAUAUCAAAUAUCCAUUUGGACAAACUAGCAUCAGGAGGGUCGGGCACAGUCGGUGGUGAUUCUAAUGCGAUAGAGCAAAAGCCUCCACCUUCAAAUGCAGCAACUGGUAAUGCAUAUGAUGACGGGAAAUCGGAAAAUGGUGGAGCGGCCUUGAUGUCGGCCCACUCAAAGACUAGUGCAGAAUCUCCGGACUCGAAAGAAAGUUCGGCAACCACGAAAACGGCACUGGACCAGACACGCGUUGCACUCCUCCUCGAGACGCGCCCUUUGCCUCAUCUUCCCGCACUGCUUGCACAUUUCAUAUCCGUUUUACCAGGACCAUGGGUUUUCCGCUUCGUUGGAUCACCCGAGGCCAACUCUUUUAUUUCGGCCUCCUCAUCUCUUUCCGCACACAUUAAAACCGGGAAACUAGUCAUUACCGAGCUCCCGGGAAAAUACGCCAUCACAGACCCGGAGACUAUAAGCAUGACUCUUACCGAUCCAACUUUCUACAAAGACUUUCUUGCCCCUGCGGAGUGGCUUCUUGUGUUUCAAAGUGAUUCAAUUAUAUGUGCAGCCUCCAAGCAUAAUAUAGAAGAAUACGUUUCCGCAAACUAUUCCUGGGUGGGUGCUCCAUGGAAUAUGGCCGUAAAAGGUGGAAAUGGAGGAUUGAGUCUCAGACAUAUUCCUCCAAUUCUAAAAGUGCUCGAAAAAGAAGCCCGUAAGCCGGGUGAUCCGUGGGAAGAUCGUUGGAUAUGUGAUCGUCUACUAGAGUCGGACGCUACAAAGAUGCCUGGACCGGAGGUAGAAGCGACGUUCAGCGUCGAAAGUCAGUGGUAUGACAAACCUUUUGGUUAUCAUUUGAUAGGAAGUGGUAAAACCUUGGUCCCAGAUAUCUGGGACAAUAAGGAGCGCAGACAGCAUAUUUUGCAAUAUUGCCCAGAAAUUAAAAUCGCCUUGGAUAUGGACUUGGUCAGAGAAACAGAGAGACUGGCCAAGGAGCUUGACGAGUUAAAAUCUCCCAAGGUCGGUGCGGAAAAAGAGAAGGAAAAGAAAAAGGCACCCGAGUAG